GUUACCAAAAAAGAGUGUCAGAUGAAAGCCAGCACCCAGGUCAUACCCAAUUCAUUUAACACUGAAACAACUUUAAACAUGGGCAGGUGGUUACAUGGAGCUGUAUGAAGACGUCUUAGACUGCGUUUGGUGUCACCCGUGGAUAUUUCCCCGUUGUCCAGACAAAGGAAUUGAUAGUUUGAGCCCCGUUUUUUUGGUCACUCUUCUCUGCAAUCAUGCUGAAGGGCACCAAAGGCACCUAGAGGACUGCAAAGUUUUAUUGUCUCUUUUGGAAAGAACCAUCUCUUCUUAAGUCGAUGAAAUGCCUUGACUUUACCCCCGCCGUAUGAUGGCAGGUUUAGUCUUCUCUGUGGGUUUGGUGGUGAUGCUCAAAGCUCUGAUGCAUGCCCACUGCCAACGUGCAGCAUUUCUGUGGAUUACAUUGUUGGUAACAGUGAUCACAGCUGACUCACCUGUUUCAGAUGAGCCUCAUUUGGACUGGACACUCCACUCCAUGGAUUUUCUCAAAGAUGUUCCAACUUCAACAGGGUCAUCAUCACCAUCAGCCUUACCAACAUCACAUUUUACUGCCUUUGGGGACCCAGACCUCUUGCCAUCUAUUCCUGAACCAAACCAUGAAGCUAUGACUGCUAAUGCCAUGCAGUGGGAGCAUGUUACACUUAAAAACUCUAAAUCCUUCAUGCCAAGUGACCUCCAUGAAGAAGCACCACAUCCUCUUCCGACACCACCCAUUAGCCCUUCUGAACCUGUGUUAGGUUCUAACCCACAAUUAGAGACAUUUACUAAGUUCUCCACUGACUGGAAGCCAGCAAGGACAAAUUCUACUUCCUCUCACUCCCCAACUGCUGUAAUAUCCCAGCUGCAGCCUCAGCCAAAUACAACCUCAUUAACCCCUCCCACUUCGUCAAAGUCAGCAGUUCCCCAAUUUCAUCUUACCUCUGAGCAGACAACCCCAGAUGCACUUCUGUCAGCCUAUAGUGAGCAAAACGAUGGUGCCUCAGAGCAAAAUCUACCAAUCUUGACCUCACUUCCUGGUCAGCCCCUUCUCAAACCCACUAAAGUGAUGUUUCCUGACUAUCAAGCAGAUGCACCUGACCCCAAUCAGCUUCUAAAGGCUUCAAGUAAUGUCUUGGAUAUGAGUUUUCUUAGCCCAAGCAGUGCACCUUUGCCAGAGAGCAAACCAGCACACGUUCCAAACAUGCUUCUCAAUCCAGAUGAUAUUUUGGCGCCAAGUUUCUAUGUGCCUUUCUUCAGCCCCCACCCUACAUCACCUUUAUCUGAACCUACUGAAGUAUCUCCAGAGGAAUUCUUCCCCACCAACACCAUGGAUGUGGACUGGGGGUCUGGAGAUUACCUGGAGACAAUGUCAUUUUUAGGUUCUGAAGGAGAUGACUACUCUCUGGUCACUAAGGUGCCCUCGGAUAUGUAUGAUCUAGAAGACUCAACAGAAAGCUAUGACACAUCUUUCCCCUCUAGGGUGGGCAUAUCACUUUCAUCUCGGCAUCCUCUUCAUGUGUCAUCAUCCCCCAGCCUCAUGACAGCACACAGUACCAUUGAUCCAUCUACAUCUAUUUACCUUUCCUCUUCUACCCCUGCACUCCACUUUAUAAUUAAGCCAACUCCGUCACUUCAUAGCGAAAUAGCUGAGGCCUCAGACAUAGAUUGGUUUGAUACUUAUACCAUUGAACCUACAGAUGUCCUCCUACCUGACAUGAACAGCUUGGAGUAUUACACUACUCAGAUGAAGGAGAAUGAAAAUUCCGAUACUGGAGCUGAACAAAGGGGGAAUAUUACCAUGGUGCCGGUUGGUACUACAGACAUAGCACCCACCAACAGUUCCACAGAUGAUACCAAACUGUCUGAACAGGAGUCCUCCAGUGAUCUGUCAGGGUUUGAGCCUGUCAAUGAAACAACCACAGUACUAACAACAGAGGAGAGUCCUCAACUGGUUAAUGUAUCUGGGCUGUUUCUGGAUCCUUCCAUAGCUACAAGCCUUGUCCUUGAACCCUCUUCCUCUGUCUGGGGUACUCAGAAAUUCACUACAGAUUGGGCUGCACCUACACUAACUCCAGAACUGGACAGCAGUGUGUUAACAGCUAUGCUACCUAAUGCAACAGCUUUUCUGCCAGAAGUUGUGAUUUCUUCCUCCUCGUUCACAGAUGUCCACUGGUUUGUUACUGAUGAGCCUUUUCUACAAAGUAUGAUAUACUCUACCCCCAUUGUCACUGCAACAAUAGCCUUCACUCCUGGUCCCACUGAACCUGUGGCCAACACAGUUGCUUCUCCUACAACAGAAAAAAGUCCCCACAACACUUCUAUCACAACAGAACUAAAUCUCAGUACCACUGCAGUUUCAAAUGAAACCACAUCCCUGGUCCCCCCAGUCAUGGUUGGUGAUCAGGGGGUGACUGAAGAUGGAGCUGACAUCCCAGCCACAAUGACCUUGAUCCCAGCAAGCAGUGAUGCUAAUACAGGCUCUGCUGUACCCACAGCAACAACUGCCAGCACUACUCCUCAUCAAGCCACCACGAAAAUUACUGCUACGGCUGAAGCUUCCACAAAUGACAGCAUCAUCUCUAAGACCAGUGUAAAGACCCCGACUACAGCACAGACUUCAAGGCAGUACCUCUGCAGGGUUGACAAACCUACUUAUUUAGUAAAAAUUAGUUUUCCUUCUGGGGCCACUAUUGGAUAUGCCAAAUCUCAAAUCAGAGACAUUCUGAAGGUGGAAUUCAAUAAAUCAGUUGAACUGCAGGUUAUAGACCCCCCACCAAAAUUUGUGUUUCGAGUGGUAUCUGGUCCAGUUGUGUAUACUGCCAUAUCUGUCGUCAAUUCACUGCGAAGGUCUGGGCGCCGCUUCUUGUCUGUUUCUCCCAACUGGUCAACACCGGAUAAUAAAUAUCAAGUCCACACAGUACUGCAGUUUGUUCCCAGUCACAUAGAUGUACGGUAUUGCAACUUCAGUGAGAGCAUUGAGAGAGGUUUGACCAAAGCCUUUGCGGAAGUUUGUCGACGGUCAAAGGAGUCAACCAACUUCACAGUGCAUAUUGUAAACAUCACCAUGGCUGCCCCUAAAUAUCAGGAACAGCGACUAGUGAGGCAGCCAGUGGACAUUACCUUCACUGUACGUGGUUCUAGGGGUUAUCUGAUGGGGUCAGAGGUCAGCAACUCACUGAUGAAGCUCACUAUGGUGGAAUUCAGUUAUUACAUGGGCUUUCCUGUGCUGCAAAUUGCUGAGCCUUUCCAUUAUCCCGAGUUAAAUACCAGCCACUUGUUGCGCUCCUCCUGGGUUAAAACAGUGCUCUUGGGUGUGUUGGACCAGAAAGUUGGUGAGAGGACCUUCCAAGCAAAUAUGGAACGCCGGGUGGCCAUGUUACUUGGGGAGGCAAUGGGAGUAGUCCGACGUGUGAAGAGAGCCACCUCUGUAGGCAACAGCAGUGUUCAGAUUGUCAGUGCAAACCGGCUCGAUGGUACGGACCACCCGAUGGAAAUUGUGUAUUUUGUAGAGGGUCCCAGUGGACAAAGGGUGCCUGCAGCACAAACAGCCAACUUGCUUAAUAGCCUGGAUGUUCAAAGAGCGGCCAUCGUUUUGGGAUAUCGUGUCCAGGGUAUUUUGGCACAGCCUUUAGAGAAAGUGUCGACUUCACCCUCUGAGAGCGAGAAUACCAAUUUAUGGAUCGUCAUCGGAGUGGUGAUUCCCCUCCUCGUGGUCAUCAUUAUCAUUUCCAUCCUGUACUGGAAACUGUGUCGGACGGACAAGUUGGAGUUCCAGCCGGACGCAAUGACAUCCAUCCAGCAGAGACAGAAGUCUACUACCUCACUCGGAGAAUCAAGGACCUCUCUUCCUCAGACAACUAGGAACGAGAUAGAGGUUAGUGAGGAAGAAGAGUGGGAAUAUGAGGAAGAAGAGGAGGAGGAGUAUGAAGAAGAAGAAGAUGAGGAGGAGAAUGUUAAAGGGAGGAAGCUGCAGGCUCCCAGUGUGAAAGGCUUUGACUUUGCCAAGCUGCACCUUGGCCAGCAGAGUAAGGAUGAUGUCAUGGUGAUCCAGGAGCCACUCCCGUCAGGUCCGGGGCCCCUCCCCAUGUCCAUUAAAGAUGGUUUGAGUCCAUCUGAGAACGGGGAAAUACCCACCCCCAUUUCGAAGAACUCGGCCUCAUCCACCAAGGCGUCCCGCAGCAGUCGAAGACGAGGAAGGAUCUCGCCGUCAGACGAUGACUCAGUGCUAAGUGACCAUUCCAGUGAGCGCGAGUUGACUGAGGAGAACCUGAGAGGCCACGCCACGCCCAGCGACGGCAAGCAGACCCGAAAGAUCCCCAUCAAUGUUUUAAAUGGGAAGAAUAGAAUUGGUCCUCCACCUAUGAACGGUACAAACGAACAACUGUCCUCAGCCUCCAUCUUUGAGCACGUCGACCGGAUGUCUCGUGCUACAGAUGCAAGCAGGAGACUUCCAAACAAAGUCCAGCUUAUUGCCAUGCAACCUAUGCCUGUCCCACCACUACACAGCCCCACCUCUAAUGGCAAACUGUCCGACACCAACCAAAUAAACAAAGAGAUCCAGGUUGCAUUGAGGCACAAGUCAGAGAUCGAGCAUCAUCGGAACAAAAUACGUCUUCGUGCAAAGAGGAAGGGCCACUAUGACUUCCCUGCCAUGGAUGACAUGACUACUGGCCUCGGAGACCUCAAGGACCAGGAUCGCAUCUAUCAGAAAGCACAGAUGCAAAUUGAUAAGAUCCUGGACCCAGAUUCUCAGAUGCCCUCCAUCUUUAUGGAAUCCAAAAAGAGUGGUCGAGGAAGGCGUUCCCCCAAACAGAGGAUGAAGGAGCAGCUGAAUGGAGGCAUGAUGGAGGCAGACAAAGACCAUCUCAUCACUGAGGACAGUGAUGCUGCUUACAGGAAGUGUCCUGGGGUCAACAAUGUGGCUUAUGUGUCGGACCCUGACCAAGGCCCAGGUUCUCCUCACAGGAGUCCUUCACCUACUGACGAUGUCUUCCUGGGCCCCACGUCUUCUCCUCCAGGCCAUGCCCCUCCCCCACCCCCUUACAUGCCUCCACAGCCCUCCAUUGAGGAGGCACGGCAGCAGAUGCAUUCCCUGCUGGACGAUGCCUUUGCCCUUGUGUCGCCCACCUCUCAGGGCAGUACAGCAGGGAUCACUCUACCGGGGGUCAACAACAACCAUUCCAGUUCUAGCCCUCCAGGCCGCUCAGCCAGACCAUGGGGUUCUUCAUAUCAAGCUCUUGGUCCUUUUCCAAGCAGAUUCGGUGAGCUGAGUAUGUCCCCUCCUGCAGUCCAAGGCCUGGUAACAAGGCAGGGCAUUGGCUCGAGCUACCUGCCACCAGGAGAACCAGCAGGACAUGGUGAGCAGCUACAGCCGGACAGCCUGUACUCCAGUAGGGGACUGUACGCCGAUGAGCUGCCCUCGUCUGCCAGACCACGACCUGUAGGAGGCACCACAGGCGCACAGCUCCAUCAUCUUACCCAGGUGGGCUUGUCCAGUCGGAUGAAUGGCUACCCAGCAGGGCUCAGAGCUGCUCCAGGCCAGAACGGAGGCAUUGGCUGGAGUCACUAUCAUGAUGAACCUGAAAAAGAUGCAUUCCUGGAUUGUCCUGACUACACGUCCUCCUCUAUCUUCCAGAUGCCCAGAAGUGGUAUCAGGGAGCCCUCAGCGCCACCUGCCCAUCUAGACCCCCCUGGGGUGGGCUACCUGUCAGCCCCACCCCCCCUGGAUACAGCCCCCUCCACCCACUCCUCUGCCUCCCUGAUCAAGGCCAUCAGGGAGGAGCUGUUACGUCUCUCCCAGAAACAGUCAGCUGUGUCGAGCUACCACAGCUGAAGCCCCCGGCCUCUCAGUCUGUAGUCCUAACCAGUCAUGCCACUGACCCCCCCUGUCCGGCCCACCUGCUUCGCCUAAUAUGACAAUGCUUCCCAUGGAAGUCCCUGAGGGUGUACAGCAGAGAGAUGGUCCUGCUAACCUGAAAUGAAGAGGUGGAUGAACCACAUUUCUAAGUGAAAUGAAAUAGAAUAACACAUGGUUAUUCAGAAAGUACAGUCAGAUCAACAGUGGAAUGUCGAAUCAGUGACAGUGUUAUGAAAUGAAGAACAGCAUGAACAAUCUACAGUAUGUUGGACCUGAAGUGAGAUGUCUGGAUUCGUCCUGCCCAUGUUUCUGUCCUGCACUUCUGUGUGGAUUGGGUAAUGGAUUAUGCCAAGUUCUGGCCACUGUGGAUCCACAUUUCUGACUCUUUUUGAGAUUUUGCUACAUUUCUUUGAACUCCGUGUCCUGGCUUCAUUCUCAUGUUGCCUUCACUUACUAUAACCCCCUCUGAAGAACACCUUUUUUUUUUUUUUGCAUUACUUCUUCUACCAUACAGGUAUUUGUUGUGUUCUGAUGCAGGCCCUUCAUUUCAUUUUCACCAUGAGGUGCUUCUUCAUAUUUUCUGCCAUGAUGAGCCAUGCUAUGCCUUUACACUGUGAGAUAUUUUUCACCUGACUCAUUCUAGUGUACCGGUCUACAGUAAGGUCAUAGUUCACAGCUGAUCAGGAGCCAGUUCAGAGAGUAGGCACUAAAAAGGGGCUUCACAUAGAGCUGAACCCACUUGUAUUAUUAACAGACUUGUAAACACUACCUGUUCUUUCCUUACAUAACAGUAGCAAAGGGUUAGUCUGAGUAUUUUUGUCUUUCCUUGCAGUACAUACCUACAUUUUGAUGGAUAUUUUGUGUCAAAUCAAAGGGGCAAAGACGUUGGCUCCAAAAUGUAGCAAAUGUCUAAGUAUCUUAAAAGUGUAAGAGCCACUGGGGUAGGCUCCAAAAAGCUCUGGCUCCAAUAGACUUGAACUGAAUAUCUCUC